UGUAAGAGGUCGAACCAUCAAGGCAAGCAGGAUGGAAGUGAGAGAUGCCAAUGCUGCUAUGCUAAGCAAUUAUGAGGUCUAUCAACUACUGACAGACUUGAAAGAGAAGAGGAAGGAGAUUGUUAAAAAUAAGCACAGCACUGGGCAACAGAAUCUCAACAACAUUAUGUAUGAGACCCUGAAGUAUCUUUCCAAUACACCAUGUGUUCAUCAGAACCCAGAGACGGUGAAAGAGUUCCUUUCUGCGAUGCUGCCUCACAAGCUCACCAAAGCUGAGAAGCUGCAGCUUCUAAACCACAGACCUCAGACGGCCGUUGAGAUCCAGCUGAUGGUAGAAGAGAGUGAGGAAAGACUGACAGAGGAACAGAUAGAUGAACUUCUACAGAAAGUCACAGACAUCCUCCCUGGUGACCCCCAGAAAGAAGGCAAUUCAUCUGCUGACCCAGAGAUGGAGACAGAGGCAAACCAAUAGCAUCUUUUCUGGAAACUCAUCUUUUGGGGUGUUUUGAUGCUUUCAUUCUCGACCACAGAAGAAAUGGACUUCAGAUUUGUGGACAGUGCUAAUUCUCAAAAAAAUCUACUGUUGAUUUUCAUUAUAUUAAUGAGAAUGCAUGUCAGCCACAGGUACAUUAUGAACAAAAAUGUGAUAUCUAAAAAGGUUUAGUAUCACUGUCACAAAUCUAAAAACCUGUAUUUAUUUUCCUCAAUGUAUAUAUUGUAAAAUCAUAUGAUAAAAAGAAAUGCCAAAUUUGAUUUGUGAUUAUUGAAACUGACCAGUUUGAAUAUUUGGGGGGGGUGAAGAGAUAUAAUCUUCUGGAGUCAGAAAAGAUAUGCUCACGUCCUCGGACAUCCUUCCUGUUUAGCUCGCGUUUAAUUUGGCAUGUAAUUAUGUUAAAUUAUCAGUGGCCAUUAAGUUUUGAUUUGAUAUUUGAGAGUGAUUGAGUGAAACAAACCUGUUUGUUUUUGAAUAGAGUGCGUUAUUAUGCCUGUUUGCAAUUUUCGAAGCUGACUCUGCUGACUUGACUUUGUGAAUGAGAUGGCAUAAUGUGUAACAGCAGGAUUUUACUGAGCUUUUGUAACAUCCAAGUUUACCACGGCUUGCAUCCAUAGUUACUUUGUAUGGUAUUUUAUCAUUUGAAUCAUCUAUUCAGACACUUUUUGCACUUAACAUUUCAGUGCCUCAGACAUCCACAAAAUUUAGCAUUACUAUGAAAACAAAGGAUUACUCAGUAAUUUUUUGUUGCACUAAUCAAUAUAGUAGUCAACUUUGACUUGCACUGAUAUUUAGCAGCAGGGAUGCGGCGUCAUUCUUAAGCAAUAGUUUUCAGUUACAGCGCCAUUAUAGAAAUUCACAGCCAGCCAUGAUUAAUUUAAUCCAUUAAUUAAAGUGCAUUGCAGCCUCUCUAUGUAGUAUAAACAGCUUUGAUACGUUAACUGAUAUGACUGGAGUCUUCGCCUCAUGUUUCAAGAAUAUCAUUCAUUUCUUUGAGUAAUUUUUUUAAAUGUGCAAUAAAAAUACUGAGUGUACUUUUAGGUUGUCGAUCAUUAAUUGCUAGAGGUUUUUAAAACGUACUGACGUUUUUUAAGAAUUUGAUGCUGAUGAGUCAUUCUACGAAACGGGUGUCAUUUCCACAAUUUUCAUUAAGAAUAAACUUUUUUUUUUUUUUAAACUCACAACUUGAAAGAUAUGUUAAUCCUCAAAAAAACAUAUUUUCCCACCUCAGGCACAAAAUCCUUAUUAAUAUUAUCCUUUUUAUUCAGGCAAGGGAGCCUUUCUUGUACCACCCCGUUAUGGACAAUAUGUACGCUAUUAGAGUAGUAAAACAAGAAAUAGAUUUU